AUGGCGGAACUCGAGAAUGUAAACACCAAAUUCGUUGAAGUGCUGCUCAAAUCAGAUACAAGCGAGGAAGAAGUAGAAGCCGAGAUCGAGACGCAUGAAGAGUAUAAGUUAAAUUUUCUCAUGGCUAACCUACAACUAACAGAGCAAGAAGCUGGGAAAAACGAGCAGGUAGCAACUUCGAGUCGAAUAGACGCGCGUCCUGAAAAACCGUUUAAACGUCCUACACUAGAAAUUCCUAAGUUCAGUGGCAGUGUCAGCAAUUGGCUACAGUUUUGGUCGCAUUUCCGGAAAAUUCACGAGGAUAGAAAUAUCACGCCGGAAGAUAAACUCGAGUAUCUGAAACAAGCCACGGAAAAAGGCUCGAAGGCUGAGAACAUAGUUGAAGGUUACACGACAACAGCGGAAAACUACGAGAAGGCAUUUAGCAGUCUGAAGAAUCGUUUCGGGCGAGAUGACUUGUUGGUGGAGUACUUACUAUAUGCAGCGUUCUAUGAUAAGCAGCGACUCAGCAGUAAAGGGUGCAGAAUCCACGGAUCGGUUAUCAAGGUUACUCGAUUUUUUGAAAACUGA